AUGGUGGCGACCGCCAAACCGAAGCCACGCGGCGGUGGCCCAAAGAAACCCGCCCGCGACAACCUUAAGAAGGACAAACGCAAGACGGACGCCCAGCAUGAGAACGACAUGCAGCGCCUCCGGUGGAAGUUGAACCAGGCGAAGCCCGAGGUGAAAAAGUUUUACAAGAUGCAGAGCCGCCAGGAGAAGCUGAAGUUCAUGGAGCGCUUCCAGAAAGAAG